ACAUCUCUCUGCAGGGUCACUCCAAUGGGUAUCUCAUCUCUAUUUCCUCAUACCACAUUUUCUGGUGUGUUUGUUGUGUUUUAUUUAAUCAUUUUCACUCACUGAUGGUGACAGAUAGCUUGGUUAUCUAGGAAGUUGAAUGUGACUAUGAAAAAACUGCUACAUUGAUUCCUUGGAAAAUGGGAGACUGUGACUGUGGUGACUGUGGUAAUUGUGGUGAUUGUGGUGAUUGCGGUGAUUGUGGCGACUGCAAUAACUGUGAAUGUUGUGAUUGUAUGUGGGAAGACUUAAAUUGUUGUCCAAAAAAUUUAUUAUGUUGUAAACUUGAGGAUGGAGCACUCAAGUGCCAUUUCUUGGAAUCAAUACCUGAAGAACUAACUCCUUGUCAAAAGACUUUACAUUUUUGCUGUGAAUGUUUUGAGAUAUUUGAAUGUUGUUUUGCAAUAACACAAGAACCAACAUUGCAUACAGGAUUGCCCUCUCAGCAGCCUCCAGUACAUCAAGUAAUCGAUAGAACAGUAAAUAAUGAACAAUUGAAGGAGGAACCAAUGACAGAUAUUUCAAAUACAGAUCCACCACCAUCUGUUACCACUGCAUAGUAAGGUCAUUUUUCAUGUCAUAACCAAAUAUAAGAAGAACUAGUGCAAAGAAAAAAUAAGAAUGUUAUUAAGUCAAAAAAUCUUAUAAUGAUAUUAAUAAAAUGCUUCGACCCAAAGCUCCUAAUCAAUUUGCAAAUCAUGAUUACCAACAUAACGUUACUAUAUAGUAUAACUAACUUACAAGAAUCAACUACCAUAAUAGAAGAAUUCGUCCAAAUAAAAUGGGAGAAACAUUUAUACAUUGCAAUAUAAA